CAUUAUGUAAUCCAACCUGUCAGAACAACGGAACUUGCAUCUCUCCGUCAACCUGCGCAUGCCCGGCAGGUUUCCACGGCAACUACUGUGAAAAAGCGAUGUGUGGUCGUGCAUGUCAGAACGGCGGUCAUUGUCUUCCAGAGGGAUUCUGCUGGUGUGCUCAGGGAUUCUAUGGAGAUGCAUGCGAAUACAGUCACUGCAUCCCAAUGUGUUUGAAUGGGGGUACCUGUACUGGAACCAACCAAUGUCUUUGUUCAGCUGAAUAUUCGGGAAACCUAUGCGAAAUAAAAGAAGACACAGACAGACCAAGGCGGAGCAAAGAACCAGAUACGUACAGGCUGAAUAAGGACAGCAAGAAAAAUCCAGACAGAAGUGAGCAAAGUCUGGAGCUGAAACUGCAGAAAGCAGAACAGCGGUUGCUGAAGAUCACCUUUCGCCGGGCACCGACCUGGGAUAUUCCAGAAGAUGAACUUCGCACUCUGCGCAGAUUGAAACACAAAGCAGACAAAGAAAGUUUAAGUCUUCAGGAGCGUCGCUACCUCAUCAAGUUUCUAACUCAGGAGCGGAGACACCUCAACAGCAAAGACAAAACAAAAUUAAAACGAUUUAAAAAUUUGAUACGGCAGUCGAAGAAACGACAGAAACUAAGGAAACGAAGAUUAUAUGUGAAAUAA